AUUACUUUGUAAAAAGUGAUUAUUAGCAACUAUUCGUAUUUUUGAAAUCUUUAAAUAGUUUUACGCACUACAGGCGCAAGUAACUACGACCUUUCAGAGAACGAAACUGUUAAGCACUCUUCCUCUAAAUGUUCGUUUUUGGCAGCUAGUCGAUUGAGGUCACUGAGUGCUCCUUUCUUCGACAGCCUGGGGCAGUGCGCUAACCUAAAUCCUAACCUCUAAAUCUAACCUACACAACCUGACACCUGUUCAUAAAGAAGAGUUAGAAGGUCUCAGUUCUGUGGAAAUCAUUGUUUUUCUAUAGUUUUUGGUCAGUUCUCACUGAUUUCAAGAGCCUGAGUGUGUCUCAUGGUGGAUAACUGUUACAACCUAACCUAACCUAACUUUCACGCACUAUAUUUAAUAUUUUUUGGUAACCAUGUAAUUUUGAAUAAAACAAGUAAUUCUACUAAAUAUAAGAAACAAUUAUUUUGCUAAGUCAACGAUUUAUUUACAAAAAAGAACGUAAACAAUUAUUUUUCACCCUUGCAAAAAUACUUUCUUGACAAACUGUGCACACAAACAUAAGCAUAAAUAUUGCCCUAAAGAGCCACAAUACUACGUUUUUCAAUACAAUAAAUUGUUUGCCACUUUUGGCAUAUUCUGUGUUGUGCGAUGCUAAAUUAGUUCACUGGAUAAUAUAAGCACUGAUGAUAUCUCUCCUCUACGUUGCCAGCAAUAAAUAAUUGACGAUCCAAACAAAAGUGUAAAAAAAUUCUACAAAGAACAACCCACCCAGUGCUCGUGAAUUUGAAAAAGUGAAACGUUAGCAAACAAAAACAAAAGAAAAAAAAUCCAAUCACACACACAUUUAAUAAAAUAAUUAAAGUGAACAUUAGCAAAGGGGAAACAUAGAAAACGAAAGGCUAAGCAGACGUUAUAAAUUUGAACGCAUCGAAUAACAAAACAAAUUAAAAUAAUACAAUAAAUUACAAAACAAAAGCGCCAAAACCAACUUCACUACAGCCGAACAGAAAGAACUUUUGAUUAACUUAUAUAUACAUACAUACGUAUUUGUUUGUGUCUAAACUGGUUGCUCGCCAAGCACUUGCAUAGCAAGCAAGGAAAAAAACAAAAAGUAAUUGAAAAAUAUAUAUAAAAAGCAACAAUAAAAAUGACUUCGACGUCGACAAUCAAAAAAUUCACAUUCGUAUUUGAUGUGAUAUGUGCGCUCCUCGCCUUGGUACUCAUAGCAUUCGGAAUUUAUCUGCUAAGUUCCUAUAAUGUGAAUGAAGUUGGUGCUAUGGCCGCCUAUGCUUACAUAGGACUAGGCGUAGCUACGGUGGUUAUAUUCCUAUUGGGACUUUUGGGCGCAGUACGCGAAAGCGUUUGCUGUACAGUAACGUUCAUCACAUUGCUUUGGAUUGUGAUUAUAGCACAAAUUGCCGUCGCUUUUCUUUUGCUAAAAGGUGAAGGUACAGUUGCUUCACACCUGUCGAAUACCGUUGAUAAAGCUUGGGAUGAAGAGCUCACAAGUCCUGGUGCAAUGUCUUUGUACGAGACCUGGUUUGAUUGUUGUGGACGUGCCAGCCCACACGAUUACAUUGUCAAUGACCGUUUACCGCCUGCAACCUGUUUCAAAAAUAACGAUACUACGAAAAGCGAGAAUCUAAUUGCCAACGGCUGUCGCAUAGAGUUUGAGAACUACUGGCUAAAUUUAUUGCGCAUCUUCAAUAUAAUUGCCUGUGUGAUGAUUGGCUUAGAGCUAAUUGGCAGCGUGGUUUCCUGCUGUCUCUGCAAUAGUAUACGUAACGAUCACAGGCGAUCCCUAUACUGAAUGAAUUUGCGUAUAAUGAAGUUGCUCAUGAGAAAACAAAAGGACAUUCUAAUUUUUCUUUUUUGAUCAAAAGAGAAAACAAAACAACAAUAAUAAUAAGAAUACGAGCGCUGCUAUUUAUACUUCUGCCUUUAGGCACUUCUAGUGUUGCCAGGUGCCAUCUGACGUUUCCAAUGAAAAAUUUGAUAUUAAUUAUUUUAUCAUUAGUGCACUAAGAACUUUUUGAUGUGCGAGCCAUAUUAGUGUUAUUUACAGUGGCUUUAUGAACUCCAAAUAUUUCGAAGUGGAUUAGCAAGAAGAAAAUUUAGCAAUGAACUGAAAUAUACGGCGGCUUGGCAGGAUGUUGCACCAUACAAAACUUGUAAAAUAAAAUUUCUUGUUGCCGCUGUUCACCAACCAACGAAUUACGGGAAGGUCGUCCAAAGUCAAAUCCAAAACGCCCGGUACACGUCAAUACCCAUAUUUGGAAAUUGGUUGAAACGAAAGGCAGUUGAAAAUAGUCUUCAACCACCAAUACUGGAUUGCCAUUGUUAGGCCAGAAAUAUAUAUAGCAGCUCUCGUAAUAAUAAUAAUAAUAAUAAUAGCUAUAAAAAAUGAUAGCGUAGUAUGCGCGGGAGGGGGGAGGAGAGUGAGAGAUAACAAUAAUAAUAAUAAAGUCGACUAAAGUAGUAAUGUAUGUAAGUAUGUAUGUAUAUCUAUAAAUAAGUAUAGAAUAAUUCGGUAUAAAAUUACUAUUUCGAAUUAAAUUUGUUCAAAAAAACUUUGGAAAAAAACUUCAUUUUACAAUUAAAAGACCUUCAAUCUGAGUGAAUAUUGUAGUUUCUAGCUUACAGCUUUUGGUUUGCCAAAAUAUACAUAUACAUCUAUUAAUAUUGGCCGAUUUGUAUGGAGCGUUAUUUUUUGAAAUUGAUUUUAUCAGAAUCGGAUUCUAAAUGAAAUGAUAAGAAAAAAUGCAUUAGAGCCUAGCUCCUAUAGAAUCAGUUUAGAGCCCCCAAACUUUAAAAUAUUAAAACUGUAAUAUAAAUAAAAUAUUGAUAUCGUCAAUUAAUUAGAAUUAUUAUUUUUUUUAUAAAAAUAUAGUUCAUUCUAUAAUAAAGACUAUAUUAAUCCAAGUUUCAAACUUUGUUUAAGAUUUAUAAAAAGUCGUCACAUUUUCAUUAAAUCUUCGAGAUUUUUAAUCAGUAUAAAAAAAAUUUGUUACUCAGUUUUGUGGCCUACAUAGAUUAAAAUAUUUUAGUAUAAUAAAAAUCAAGUUUGAAGUGGGUGAAAAUUCUUACCGAUUUUUUUUAUUUUCUCCUCUUGGCUGUAUUGCGUAUUUUCUCCAUACAAGAAACACAUUUUGUGGAUUGGUUAUAUAGAGAAAAUGCGCAAGAUCGGCAAGGGAAAAAAUUAUAAAAAAAUUAACGGAAUUUUCUUAGUUUCUAAGUUGAGAAUUUCGGUUACCAAUAUUGAUAUAAAAAUUAGGACGCUCUUGGUGAAAAACAAAAAUAUUCCCCUCUCAAAAUAAAUGUGAUGCAAUAGCUACUCAUAAGGAGUGUCCCUAUUUGCAGGAUAACUAACCAAAAACUGUAGAAAGAGCUCGUCCGAAUCCCCUAGCAAAUAAUGCAAUGGCUCGCAAGUGCGAUCAGAUAGAAGCUACCAAAUUAAAGCUCACAAUGCCUUCGAGCUAAAAUAUUCUCGUGCAUCGUUUUGUUGAGGAAUACUAUUCAUACUACUAGCUGAAAUUUCAUUUUAAGAAGCUACGAAAUAUCCAAAAAUUGCCUGAAUUAUAAGUCACCUACAAAGUCUCGCGCUUAUUUCAAUCUUUAUACUUGAGGUGCAUUCAUUUAUUUAAAUGCGUCAAUUUGAAUACUCGGCUGCGGCUACUGAAUAGUUUAGUAAAUCCGAUUUUUCAUAGAAGUGCCAAAACUUGUUUCAUCUUGUUUUUGUUAAAGAUUGUUGUUUGAAUGCACAAUUGUAUUUUAUUUAAAGAAAAUUUUUCGUAAUCGAAAAACAAGGCAAGAUUGGUUGGCCCUCCAAUGCAUAAUCCGCCUCAGGGCACUCGUUUCUGAAGUCAAUUAAUUUAAUGGUAUUAUUAUUUUUUAAUUAAAAUACUUUGCAGUCGUCAAUUAUAUUUAUUAGAACUAACUAUUGUGGACUGAUUAGCUACGCUAGAAAAUUUCAUUGUUUUUGCCAGUAGAGUUUGAGAGGCCAUCAAAAAUUCAAGGAAAAUUACUAUGUGAAUUGUUUAUCUUUUUUACGAAAAUCCAAAAAUAUAUUUCUAAAAAUCGCAUUGAAUAAAUAUUGCUUUUAUGGUUUCAAUGAAAGUAUACAUUUUGAUCAUUUAAUGUGAGUUAAUAUGACAAUUGUAAAUAUAUUAAGUGGGUUAGCAACUCAAUCAUCCUUCCGAUUACCUCAACUGAGGCCUGAGCUGUGAUUGACACUUAUCGAAAAUCCGUCUUUAAAUUCGUGUUUCAGAGCACACAAAAAAAAUAUAGACUCUUAUUUGUAGCGAUAUAAGUUUGUGUAUUAGAGGGUUAAAGUUUAUUAUAUAUGAAGAAAUCAGAGCGCAAAAUUAAUAAAUUUGAAAAUCCAAAAUUAAAUUAUUUUUCUAAGAAAUUUAAAAUAAAUGAAAAAAUUUUAAAAAUUAAAAAAAAAAAUAUUAAAAAUUAAGUUAUAAAAUAUUAUGAAAUAUGGCUAAUUACAAUUUUUUUC